AUGAACACCACCAGUCAAUGCUCAGUUCGGAUCAAACUCAUUGUAGAUCAUAAUGAAGCUGUCGUGUUACCUGAUAUCGUCACCCUAGACACUAAUUGGGGAUCUAUCAAACUACUAACGAACAGCUGUCUUAACGAGGAACUCUACAACUAUAAACUCAAUGGUCUUUCUGUCAAUUUCGAUGACUCUACACCAUUAUAUGAAGUUCUAGGAUUAUCUUCGGAUAUAGAUUCCUCUGUGGAUCAAAUUACCGUGGAAGCUAUGACCAAUAUCGGAACUGAUUCAUCUCCUUACUUUACUCCAGAUCAUAAUGAAGAGAAUAGAAGACAGUCGUCCAAAUACCUUGCCAAAGUUCGUUUUCCUGACGGAACCAUCAGAAAGAUUCUGGGACGUUCCUACGAUCGUUUAGAGGUUGGUGAGACCGACGGUUCUGCCGAAUUUGUCGAUCAGUUGGCUUCUUCCAGUGUAAAAUACAUUGUUGAGAGACUCAAUGACAGAGGAGAGGUGGUUCAGGUAAAGUUGAGUUCUCAGCAGUGCAUCUUAGUGGAUAAGAGGGAUCCUCGGUAUCAGCCAUAUAUUCUUUUAUCGAACAGUGGUCGUAGGGCUUUGGAUGAUAUACAGCCUUUAGGAUUACUAACGGUACAUAUGGAUACUUCAGUUGGAGGUGCCGCCGGUGCUCGCGCUGCUGGCGUUGCUGGUGCCGCUGCUGGCGUUGAUAUCACUCUAAUGAGAAGAGUGAGGUCUUUAGUAAGAAAUGCGAUGCGAGGAUUUAGAGAAGCAAUCGCUAAUGGAGCCCUGACGAGGAUAGUUGCUUAUUUAUCGAGUCUCAUGUUCCGUUAUACGCCUUUAGCUUUGUUUGCCGUACUUACGGACUAUUCUUCGCCUUUGAUAUUGUUUGUUAUGGCAGUUUUUGUUCUUUCAAGUUCUACAAUGGUGGACCAGCUUGAAGAAAUCGCUCAACACGACUUGCCUGUACGUUUGCAACCGUCCUUGUUGCGGUUUGUUGCGUUCCUUCGGUUUAUUUCAACAUGUAUUGGCAGAUUGAACCUAAAUGGACUUGGAACUAGGUUGAUUAAUUUUGGAUUCGGUAAUAGAAUUGUGGAAGAUAGAAGAAAUGAUCCAAAGGAAACUUGGUCUUCAAAGGUACUUGGGAUUUUGAAAAUAGCUGUACAGGAUUUGGUCUUGGUCGUGGCUACAUUGGUUCCUAGUUUUUUUGGUAUGUAUAAUUACGAAGUGAUAAGAAGGGAAGGUUUAAGGAGGCAGCAGGCUCUGGGGCCACAGGAGCAGGAUCAGGGGCCACAGGAGCAGCCACAAGAGCAGCCACAGGAGCAGCAAGAACUUGAUGAUUGA